UUUAACGGAAUUGUUGACCUUGUUGCAGAUCGCGGUUGUUGUGAUCGACACAAUGGAUGACUCAGAAACCUACAAAUUGUGGCGGAUUCGUAAAACCAUUCUCAAGAUGUGCAAAGACAGAGGUUAUCUAGUAAUGCCUAAAGAAUUAGAGCAAUCACUCGAAGAUUUCAAAGCAACAGUCGGAGAUCCACCAACCAGAAAAGAUCUUCUCAUGGUUGUUAACCAUGAAGAAGAUCCUGCUGACAUGUUAUAUGUAUUCUUUCCAGAGGAAGAAAAAGUUAACAUGAAAACUGUGCGGGCAUAUUUAAAUCAAAUGCAACAAGACAGUACUUACAGAGCGAUUUUGGUCCUUCAAGAAAAGGGUCUCACACCUUCUGCGAAAACAGCUAUUGCGGAACUUUCGUGUAAAUACACUUUGGAGUGUUUCUUUGAAAAUGAGCUAAUGGUCAAUAUAACGGAACAUCAGUUGGUUCCGCAGCACAACGUUCUCACACAGGAAGAAAAGAAAGAAUUACUCGAACGAUAUAGGUUAAAGGAAAAUCAACUUCCUAAAAUGCAAGCUAGCGAUCCUGUUGCUCGAUAUUAUGGUCUAAGAAGAGGUCAAGUUGUACGAAUUACUCGGCCAUCAGAAACAGCCGGACGAUAUAUCACUUACAGGAUAGUUUUGUGAAUAAAAUGGUGUACAGAUUCUGGAUUUUUGAUAUUGUAUUUUGGGUCUAAAGUUAGAUAUAUUGGACUGGUCCAAAUUUAUUAAUUCAUUUCUGCUUUUAUUAUUGCUGCUACCUUGACGUGGUGGUCGGGCUUGCCCAUCGUGAUGAACCAAUCGAGCUAUACUGGCUGGAAAAAUCGUUCCUUAAAGUCCCACCAUGCCAGACAGGUCGGUUGAAGAGCGGUA